AUGGAGCCCAACUCGGCGCCAACAUUGGGCCUGUCAAAUCAUUUGCAUGGCGUUUUAGCAGAGCUAUAUCGUCAGCCAUAUCCUCAUGUUCCAAAUCCCCCAACCUGCAAGAAACGUGCCUCGGUCGCCCUGAUCAUUCGGGUACGACCAACCUACGACCAUUGGCCUAGCUCCAACCACACAAAUGAUGUCUCUCAGCCAGUCCCUGAACGCCUAGAUGGUUUCUUUUCGCAGUCAUGGGUCAAACAUGGCGAACCAGAGGUUCUGUUCAUCAAGCGUGCCUCGCGCGUGGGGGACCGAUGGACUGGCCAUGUUGCAUUACCGGGUGGAAAGCGAGAUCCGGAGGAUGCAGAUGACAGACAUGCAGCCAUUAGGGAAGCUUCUGAAGAGAUCGGCUUAGAUUUAACAACAGAGGACACCAUUAGUGUGGGCAAUCUCCCUGAGCGAGUGGUCACCACAAGCUGGGGAUCUCAGCCAUUGAUGGUCCUAUGUCCCUUCGUCUUCCUCAUAACUCGCAGUGACUCCCCGACCCUCAGAUUGCAGCCUACAGAAGUAGCAUCGACACACUGGAUUCCUCUACGCGCCCUCCUAUCACCAUCGCUGCGGACCGUGGAAUACGUGGAUAUGUCACAGCGAUUUGCUCGGCAAAGUGGAUUUCUGGCCCGCCUUGCUGUUAGGUCUCUGAUGGGCUGGAUGCAGUUCUCGGCUGUGAAGCUUCUCCCGUCAGAGACCCACCAAUGCACUACGAUCCCAGGAUUCAUUCCCCAGGAGAACCCAUCAAAAUCCUCUAUGGUUCAGCGCUUUAAGGAGUGGUGUUUAAGUGGCCAAGCGGAUUCGAGUGACACUGCCCAUCCGCUGCUUCUCUGGGGCCUCACACUUGGCAUUCUAGCUGAUUUCUUGGACAUGCUGCCUCCCCACCAGGCUGUACAGCUGUGGAAAUAUCCGACAUUUACCGUGCCCGAUCUGCGGCUGAUUGUUAGCAUUGUAACAUACCAUCUACGGAAGCGCAACGCGCUCAAAGUGAUGUCUGGUGCCCGUCCCAGUGACACAGCCUCUGACACCGAAACGGCUGCCCUCCCCGUCGUGCAAGAGACAGACAUCAAACAUGAUAAUAACGAAGUGGGCAUUGGUGGUCUUGGCGUGGGAAGAUAUUAUGGCCCCACGGAUCAAGCGACAGAUGGGACUUCCUAUGCUGUGGGAAUCAUGCUCCAUGGGUACUAUGACCGGUUGCGCCUGGCCAUCUGGAUUUUUUUGGCCUGGCGUGUGGCCGUUGGCUCAGUUGUUGGAGUGUCUGCGUGGCGACUUUUCCAACGAUCAUAUUGA